AUGGCCGAGCGCCUUCAGGAGUCUAUACACCUCGCUUCUGGGAAUGCUAUUACCAAUAAUGCAAACAUUGAAGAAAUUUUUAAGUGCUUUAUAUGUCUUGGCAAAGUGGUCGAUGCAAAAUUAUGUCCAUCAUGCUCGAAGCCUUGCUGCAACCAUUGCAUUACAAGAUGGCUGACAGAACAAAGACCGCAGUGCCCUCAUUGCCGAGCUCCUUUAAGACUUCAAAACCUAGUUAAUGGCCGCAUAGUUUCAGAAUUAUCACAAGCUUUAGAAUCUCUCCAAAUAUCAAAGCCAGAACCAAUUGAAAAAUGCUCAACACACUCCUUAUCACUUAAUUAUUACUGCAUGACCUGCUUUAAAGCCAUUUGCUCAGACUGUGCGAUGUUCGGAGCUGAGCAUAAAGGCCAUGAAUUUCAGCAUUUAUCCACGAUCCAUGAAAAACACGUCAAAAGUAUAAAGCACAAAUCAUCAGCCCUCAGAAAAAGAAUUGCUGAGUUGGGCUCAAUACUGCGUGAAAUUGAUAUAAAUAUCGAGAAGGUUAAGAAAAGCAAAGAAGAAAAAAGCAAAGAAUUAAUUUCAACUGCUGAAAAAAUGCAGGAAAGACUAGAAGCGCAGGUUAAAAACAAAUUGCAAAUCCUGCAUGAGCAAAAAGAAGCUAUAAGUGAAGAAAUUGAUAAUUUAGAAAAUAUGCAUAUUGACAUUAAUAAGCAGCUGAGCCAGGAUGGGAAAAGCAAGCUGAUAGCGAAAACUCCUGAGUUGAUUAAGAUGCUGAAAGAAUUAAAUCAGAAGCCUUUAUCUAGAUACAACAAAGUUGCUGUUUCUACUGAUAUACAGUCAGAAAUAACCCCGAGCUAUGAUUCAGGGACUUUUGAAAUUAAAAAUUAUUCAACGCUGCGGGCAACUACUGAAGUGAUUUAUUCUGAUACUUUGCAGACUGGUGGGAUCACUUGGAGACUUAAAGUUUACCCGAAUGGGAAUGGGGUAGCGAGAGACAGCUAUCUCUCUGUAUUUUUAGAAAUGAUGAAAGGACUUCAAAACUCUUCGAAGUAUGAGUACCGAGUCGAAAUGGUCAACCAUUUAAGCUCAAACCUAUGUGUUGUUAGAGAAUUUACUUCAGAAUUUGAAUCUGGAGAAUGCUGGGGCUAUAACCGCUUCUUUAAAAUUGAAUUGCUCAAAGAAGAAGGUUAUUUAAGUGAAGAAGAUACUAUAUCACUGACUCCCCCCCCUUUAAAUUGGAACAAAAUAUAGGUAAAAUUUCCACUUUUUUGGUAAAUUAACCCCCCUUUAAAUUGGAACAAAAUUUAAUUUUAUAAUAAAAAAUUUUAUUUAUAUAAAUCAUAAUUUUUAUGUAAAAAGUUUUGAUAUAAUUUAAAUGUUUCUUCUUAACUAAAAUUAGAAGUUUAGUUAUAUCCUGCUCUUGUUUAAAGAAUAGAGUAUAAGAGCAUCUUAUUUAAAUAAAUUUAUUAUGCUUAAUUGUAAAUUUUUAAAAAAAUUUCCAAAACAAUUUUAUUUUUUUUGAUAAAAAUGAUAUUUUUUUAUUUAAAUAGCUUUGAUAUAAAUUCAAUACGAAUUCUUUACAAAAAUUCAAAAUUUACUUAUCUCUUGCUUUAUUUUAAAGAAUAGAGUAUAAAUAACAUCUUAUUUAAACAAAAUUAGCACUUUGAUUAAUAAAUUUUCUAAAAUUUUUUUUUAAUUUUUUUUUUAUCAAUAAAUAUAAUAAUUUUUGUGUAAAUAGUUUUGAUACCAAUUAAUAGUGGCGUAUUAAUUAAUAAUAAAAUUUUAGUUAUAUCUUGCUUUGUUUUAAAGGAUAAAGAGUAAAUAGCAUUUAUUAAACAAAAAUUAUUAAUCUAAUUCGAUAAAUUUUUUGAAAUUUUUUUUUUUAUAAAUUUUAUAUAUAAAUUUUUUUUUUAUAUAAAAAUUUUAUAAUGAUUUUUUUUUUAAAAAAAUGUUCUUAACCCCCCUUUAAAAUUGGAACAAAAUUUUUAGUUCCAAUUUAAAGGGGGGGGGGAGUGAGAUAUUACAUAAGGCCGCCUACUUAUUUUCAGAAAUGCAGAGACCAAAAGCAAUAUAUAAAAUAUUUAGAAGCAAGCCGAAAUCAAUUAUUACUCCAGCUUAAAGAGUACCAAGAAAAAUCAGAAAAAAAAGAAAGCGAAGAUGUCUCAGUCUUCGACUCAAAUGAAAAUCCGCUUGAAAAAAUUGAAGAAGAGACCAAAGAAAGACCAGCCAUUGAAGAAGCCUCAAAAGAAGAAUCCUACAAAGAAGAGUCAGAUGACAGUUUCGAUAAGGUUUUGCAAAAGCAAAUAGAAAUCCAAACGAAAAUAAAAGAGGAUCUUAAAAGCAGAGAAGAAGAGAUUUCAAAAGAGCAGUCAGCAAAUUCUGCCCAUGAAUUAUAGAAUUUUCCCAUAGAUGGCGCUGUUUGCCCUUGAUUUGCCCACUGGGAAAAUUUUUUGGUUUGACCAAACCAUAUGGUACUGGUCGAACCAAAAAAUUUUCCCAGUGGGCAAAUCAAGGGCAAACAGCGCCAUCUAUGGGAAAAUUCUAUAAGCACCGUUUUGCAAAGAUACAUGAUGACGCCUGAAGAAGUCAGCUCCUCAGGGUCAGACUCCCCUAGAGAACAAAAAUGAUCAGAAGGCGAAUUAGAAACCCACAGCUGCUCUGAUAUUCUUUCUCACGAUCCUUUGGACUCAGAGGAAAGAGACUGGGGCAGAUUUGAUAGCCAAAACAAUCCUGAAUUGCUAGGGUAACUGAUAUUUAGUGACAGCUUAUUGAGAGCUUAUGAAGCCUUGAAAAACCAUAAGUGAGCCCAAUAA